AUGGCGGCGCCCUCUCAGGCUUCAGCGCGCUUGAUGUUGACGUCAAAUCCUUUUCCGGUGGAUACCCGGAAGUGGCGCCGUCGCCCAUGGAGGCGCCCGGGCAGACGCCGCGGCGGAGCGGCCGGAGCCUCCGCUCCCGGGGAUGACGUGCUGCUCUCCGGACUGAUGGCGUCGGGCGCGACGAGCCGCUCCGAGGACGAGGAGUCUCUGGCGGGGCAGAAGCGGGGCUCGGGCCAGGCCUCGGGAGCCAUCCCCAAGCGCCGCAGCUCCUCGCGGUUCAUCAAGCGGAAGAAGUUUGACGAUGAGCUGGUAGAGAGCAGCCUCGCCAAGUCCUCCAGCCGGGCCAAGGGCGCCGGUGGGGUAGAGCCCGGGCGCUGCUCGGGCAGCGAGCCUUCCUCCAGUGAGAAGAAGAAGGUCUCCAAGUCGGUGUCCACCCCCAUCGCGCCCAGCCCGGUCCCGACCCCCGGCCUCGCCAAGCGGAUGAAGAAGAGCAAACAGUCCCUGCAGGUGACGAAGGACCUGGGUCGCUGGAAACCCGCCGACGACCUGCUGCUCAUCAACGCCGUGCUGCAGACCAACGACUUGACCUCCGUGCACUUGGGCGUGAAGUUCAGCUGCCGCUUCAACCUGCGGGAGAUCCAGGAGCGCUGGUACGCGCUCCUCUACGACCCCAUCAUCUCCAAACUCGCCUGCCAGGCCAUGAGGCAGCUGCACCCCGAGGCCAUCGCCGCCAUCCAGAGCAAAGUGCUCUUCAGCAAAGCCGAGGAGCAGCUCCUCACCAAGGUGGGAUCGACCAGCCAGCCCACCCUCGACACCUUCCAGGAGCUGCUCCACAAACACCCCGACGUCUUCUACCCCUCACGCACCCCCAAGGCCCUGCAGCUCCACUGGCAGCUCAUGAAGCAGUACUACCUGCUGGACGACCAGACUGGUGAGGCUCUGGGAGGGUCCCCUCAUUAA